AUGGAAUCAGACGCUGCCAAAGAUAGGGAGAGAAGGAAAAACAAUAUAAUUGCAUUUAAUAUACCAGAAAAUGAAUUAAAAAUAGCUGUUAAACAGGCAAUUUUUAAGAUGUUCAAAAAAAUGACAAAUGUUGAUAUUAAAGAUGAAAUUGAAGGAAUCUUCAGAAUAGGAAAAAAGCAGAAAAUGCAACAUAAAAAAAUUGAUGAAUUUAAUAAUGGAAUCAUUGGACAUGAUCUAUCGGAUGAAGACAGAAAUACAUGCAGGAAGCUACUAGAAGAGAAAAGAAGAGAAAUAAGUUUAAAGAAUGACCCGGCUGGAUUUUCAUUCAAAAUCAGAGGUACUCCUGCAGAUCUGGAAGCUAUUAGGCUAACCGCCGCAGAAUGCAUACCAGUGUUCAAAUCUUCCCUGACUUGUCCUCAACCAUCAAUCAAAGACCCGUCAAACAAAUUUUGCAUAACCGUUUUAAAACAUCAGAAGAUGGUUUUCACUAAUCCUGAAAAUUGGCCUGUCAGCCUGCCAAUGUGGAAAUUCACCCAUAGUGGUUUCCUGCUUGCUCCUUUAUAA